AAGAUUAUUUUUGUGGGAAGGAGGGGAUAUAGUAAUUUACACAGCAUUUUUGGGGUGGUAGUGUGAAGGCUCUCUGAUAAUUCCCGACCAUGGGAAAGGACCAGGAACUGCUGGAAGCUGCUCGUACUGGGAAUGUGGCUUUGGUGGAGAAACUCUUGGCUGGCAGGAAAGGAGGGCUCCUGGGCAGUGGAUCUGGACCUAUUCCUUUAUCCAACUUGCUGAGCAUCUGGCGAGGACCAAAUAUAAACUGCACAGAUAGUUCGGGGUACACUGCUUUACACCAUGCAGCUUUAAAUGGUCACAAGGAUGUAGUUAUCAAAUUACUUCAAUUUGAAGCAUCCACUAAUGUGGCAGAUAAUAAAGGGUAUUUUCCUAUACACUUGGCUGCUUGGAAAGGAGAUGUAGAGAUUGUGAAGAUUCUUAUCCAUCAUGGGCCAUCACAUUCCAGAGUGAAUGAACAGAACAAUGAAAAUGAAACAGCUUUACACUGUGCAGCCCAGUAUGGACACUCAGAAGUAGCAGCUAUUUUGCUUGAAGAACUUACAGAUCCUACGAUAAGAAACAACAAGUUAGAGACUCCACUGGAUUUGGCAGCCUUAUAUGGCCGUCUACAAGUGGUGAAGAUGAUCAUUAAUGCAUAUCCAAAUUUGAUGAGCUGUAACACAAGAAAACAUACUCCUUUGCAUCUUGCUGCACGCAAUGGCCACAAAGCGGUUGUACAGGUGCUACUAGAAGCUGGAAUGGAUGUCAGCUGCCACGGUCCUUUCUCAUGCCUUGUGCCAGAGGUUCCAUGCUGAAAGCAAAGAGAAGCAGGGAAAGAGGACACCCUUUUUCAAUUUUAAUGUAACCCGACUCAAAUGCAUUUAUUCUUGUACUAGCCAUGUUCUCACAGUACAGGCCUUAUAGGACUGUUAUGAACCUUUUUACAAAAUAUAAUUGUGUAAAACCUGAAACAAGAAUGGCCAAUGGAGUGAAGUGAAUGCUUUUAAAGCAUAACAUUUAAAAAUUGCUAACGGUUUGCAGUAAUGUUUAUUAUGCCAACUGACAUUAAGAAUUUGCCUGAUUGGGUCUGAUAUUUGCCACUCUUUAGUAAAAUUUGCUUGAUCUGGGUUGAUUAAGUUUGGAGCCAUAAGACUAAUUCUGUUUGCCAGUAUGGCUGUGAAAAAGUUUUAGUCCUGAUUUAUCAAAUUAAUUGGCCUAUAUGAAUUCAUGUCAGUGUUAUCUUUCCCUGGUUUGGUGAUCAAAAUUAUGUGAGACAUUCUGCAAGCUGGAGGAGCCUCCCACCCUCCCAAAUCAUAUUAAACAAUUUUGUUAAAUGAGAAACUAAGAGGUCACAUUUUUUUUAAAAAAAAAUCAGUUGAGAAUCCAUCUGGGCUAGGGGUUUUGUUGUUUUUAUCUUUUUAAUAGUUCUUAUCACUUCAUCAUCUGUGAAUCUGCUGUUUAAAAUGUGUUGUUGAUCUACAUCUAAUGGCAUAGUUUUUAAGUCUGCUAAAAAAGCUGAUAUAGUGUUUGUCUUAGUUUCUGCUGAUCUAUAAAGAUUUUGAUAAAAAUCCGUAAAAGCAUCAUGGAUUUCUUUAGUGUCAUAAGUCAAUCCCCCAUUAGAUUUUCUUAUACACCAGAUUUUAUUAGAAGUAACCUUAUUUUUCAAUAGGUUAGCUAAUGA